AUGGACUCUACUCUGGGUGAAACCUUUUUGGAUACUUUCUCGCGCCAUCUAGUAUACAGCUUCCCAUCAUCAUAUACAGAACCUCCGUUCGCGCGUGAUGGCAGCGUCCUGAAAUACCCGCCGCUUCCAGCUGCCGGCGAAGGCAUUGCGGGCGCGUUGCGUGCGGCUACGUCUACGAUUGCUGUGUACCCGUUUUCUUUGAUUUUGACGAGAUUGAAGCUCAGAGCUCACGCGGCCGAUGACAAAAUCGAGGAGGGGGUCUAUGGAGUUAAGGAAAUUGCAAGAACUGCUAAAGAAAUUCAUGACAAUGAAGGCGGCGUGAGGGCUUUGUAUGUCGGUGUUUUGGAGGCCGUUGGGAAGGAUGUGGCCGAAGUGUUUCUUUUCAUGACAAUCUAUCGCCUUCUGAAACGACGGAUGGAGGCGCACGGCUUGGGGGUAUUGUCGGCAGGAGGAAAGCUCAUGCUGGGAAUCGUAUCUGAGGCGGUCGCGAAGUUUUUUACAGCCCCGAUUGAGACAGUGCUGACCAGAAGACAGAUAUCUGGAGGCACACGCAGCGUCACUGAUAUUGUCAAGAAGGUUUUAGCUAAAUACGGUGUUUCGGGGCUGUGGGCUGGAUACUCCGCAUCGUUGCUGUUGACGAUCAACCCGUUGAUUACGUUCUUGUUGAACAAGACCCUCUCCUUUAAGGCUGAAAGUGGGCCUCUUACUCGCCUUAUCUCUGCCAUCCUUAGCAGACUAAUCGCGACAUCACUGACGUACCCAGUCGCGGUGACGAAAGCUCGCAUGCAAGCGGGCUAUAGCCCCUUGGUCGUUUCGUUAGGGAAACCCACUACUACAAUCAUGGACUCCACUUUGCUCCAUACGAUGAGUGACGUUUUCCGGGGUGAAGGCGCGGCGGGGGCAUAUGCCGGGAUUACCGCCAAUAUGCUGCAUGAAAUCGCCAGGCAUGGUAUAGCAGCGCUCACGAAGAGCACGAUCCACAGCUGCACGAUUCGUAUGUAUUAUCUUCAUCUAUUUUCGGAAUCGCUCCUGGAUAGGGUCAAGAGGGAGAUGGAGAGUCUUUCCGAAUCAGCGAAAGCAGGAAACACGCGUGCCAUGAAGGAAAAAGGCAAAGACAGCAAGAAAUUUCUCAAGGCGUCGGUGAAAAACAUCUACUCAAAUGAGACUGCUGAUCUUGUUGCAGACUAUGUCGAGGAUGAGGCACUGGACCAUUGGUUCUGGGAAAAAGAGAAGCGGGGAAAUGGAACCUGA